AUGGGAAAGCGGCAAUUGCAGAGCGUAGUUGAGCACAUGAGAAAGCGAUUGCGAUCAUCCAAACGCAUUUGCUCUUGCACCUCUCCUCCUCAACCUUCUCGCUCCUCUUUCUCCUGGUAUGAAGAGGACGUGUGGUCAGAGAUCGCGAAGUUUCUAGACGGAAGGUCUCUGAUGAAGCUGGCUGUGACGAGCAAAUGGUUCCAGCGUGUGAUCAUGGAUGAUAGCAUUUGGAAAUUCGUGUGCCUUCGCGAUCUUCAGCUCCCUGCUGCUCCUCAACACGUGGAUUUCAAAUGGUUCGACCUCUACACUUCUGCCUUCGAUGGGAGCCACUCUUUCAAGUUCCACCAAAAAGAGAAGCAUAUUGAUUGGAUGCGAAUUGGUGCAUUUUUGCUUGACUCUUCAGUAUUCCUGACAGAGAAGUUAAGCCCUCCACCCAAAAUCCCAAAUGAAGAUACUGUAGAGAAGAUGUUGCAGGCUAGUGGCUGUUGCGUGUUAGACAAUGUUAAAUCUGGGAUCUGGAUAGCUGAUCUGCAGCUUGUUCGAUGCCCUGUCUGCGAACUCAAUACAUGUGAUGGAACGAUGCAGACUUUAGAUGCAAGGCAUAUAGAGCUGUUCCUCUGUGAUGGCUACCAAAAGGGAAGCUGGGAAUACCAGCUAAUUGGAUCUCAUGAUGUCAAAGAGCGUGUAGCUGGAGCUUCUGGGGCCAUUUUUGAUGUCAAAAACCUGAAGGACAUUUCAUCGUGUGCUGUCUUUAAUCUCAAUUCAUGGAUAGGGAAAAUCAACGACUUGCACCCAAAGGCUAUGAUCACUCUCCAUGCAGUUGCAGUCAACACCAAUUUACAAGAAAAUGAUGGAAUUAAUGUCAAAUUCCACACCAUGAGAGCUGGAACUAAUGGAGAAGUAGUUUCUAUUAGAAUCUCUCAGCAACUCCUGUAAUUCUCCUCAAAUCCCUUGGUCUUAGCAAAGUUUUCCUCUUCAAGGAAAAUAAAAUUCCCCUUCUCGACAACUCAUACAGAGUACUACUUAAACCGUUGAUUCAUUCAGUUGGUAAUAUAAUAAUAUCCUUUGUGUUGCUCCUUAAAAGUACAUAAAACAUUGAGUCUGGUUUCCCCUGGGACUGUA